UCUUCAUAAAAAGAUACAACUUAAUGGUUUAUUUUUUUGUGAAAAUGCUUGAGUAGCAAAACCACAAAACCAAAUCAGCACUUGUGGUUUGAAAUGUGCCGUGUCAGGAACAGGAAAUGCAUGUCUGAUGUUGGUUUAUGUUCAGACGGUCCGAGCUGCAGACUGUCAGUCGAUGCCAACUGCACUGCAGAGAUGGAGAAUAGACGUAUUCAUCUGGCUUGUGGACGUUUCUGCACCUACGUCGCAGUCAUCGCCGUUUUCAUCCUGUUUGGCAGCAACUUCGAAUGCGCCUGCAAACCACAAGUCUUUGACUGCAAAGUGUACCAGGUUCUACCAGUUUUUAUAGUUUUCCUGUUGAUUCUGUGGACAGACGGCUCGUUUCAGAGCGUCGGCAGACUCCUGUGCUCAGGUGUGUCCCGAGGCACACACACCCACACCCUCAGUUUUUGGGAUUCUUUCUUCUAUCACAUUAUCAAGGCAGCGUUCAUCGGCCUGCUGUGGGUUGUCGUGGUUUUGAUCGAUGGAGACUGGUACGUCUGCUGUCAGAACGAUGGCUCUGAACAACAGAGACAGUUGGCCUGCCGAGCCGUGGAGACGAUCACUGAAGAGGAACGAGUGACCAUCGCUGAACUGAGGAACAAGUCCAGGGUUAUUGGCUCCUUUCUGCUCUUGGGUAUUGUUUGUGUGCCAGCCCUGAUGGCGUCUCUCAGAUGGAGGAAAUGUUCCAGAAGGAAACAGUUUGAGAAACUGAUGUUAGAGGAGGAGGAAAAGGUGCUGAAGGAGAUUCUGAGGAAAUCAGCCAAAGAGAGGCUGAGCAGAGCGAUCGAGGACAGAGUACGCAGAAGCCGAUGGGAGGAGUGUUCUGAUGUGGCUGCAGAUCUGAUCACAUCUGAAGAGAUCUUUCCUGAACACGAGGAGCGACAUCCUCCACAGGAGACAUGAGACCAGAGCGUGAAACCUCCAUGAGAAGCAGAACGAGACUAAACUCUGAUUAUGUUCCACAGAUGUGACGUCUAAGCCCAAAGAAUCAAAUCCAGCUGUUUACUGGACCACAUGUACAGUCUGCUGUGGGUUACCUCUGUGUACAUCGAUGGAGACUGGUAUGUUUGCUGUUGGAAUGAUGAUUCUGGACAACAGAAACAGUUAGCCUGCAAAGACAAAAAUAACAUCACAGCUGAGGAACAGGCGAUCAUUGCUGAACUGAAAAACCAUUCAAUGGUUAUCGGCAUGUCUCUGCUCUUUUGUACCCUGUUCCUGGCUGCCUUGAUAUCAUCAUUUGGACGGAUGACAUGCUGUAAGGAUUCAAGUUGUUGCAACAGAAAUAUUCGGUACUACAAAGUGAUUUUGGAUGAGGAGGAAAAUGUGCUGAAAGAGAUUUUGACAAAAGCAGCAAAAGAACAGUUGACUAACGAAAUCAAGUUGAAAAUGGGUAAACCCGAGUGGCAGAAAUGUUUUGAUGUUGCUAAGGAACUGAUUGAACAACCCACUGCACCUACACUUCCUGAAGCAGCCGGAAACCAGGAGCACAUUCGUCUUGAACAACGGAGGUCAAAGGUUCAGAGGCCAGAGGAUCCGAUGCCAGAGGAACCAGAGGAUCGUAGGCCAGAGGAUCAGCAGCCAGAGGAUCAGAGGCCAGAGGCGGCUUGUCUUUUGGCGAAGGGGCAGGAGAGAAGGGAGGAGAAUCCAGAUUCAUCCGACGCUCGCCUAUAAAGAUGGAUCUUUUAUGAUAAUUUUUUUUAUAUAACACAACAUACUGGAAAGAAAUGUUGUAUUGACCUUAAACACUGGAUGGUUCAGAUCUUCCUGCAGCUAAAUGUAGAUAAGGAUAGAGGGAGAGAGGGAGAGGAAGGAAGAGAGGCCGUGGGUCUCAAGCAGGACCACGGCAACGGGUGCAACCACAAUCCAAGGAAAUCUGCAAGGAAAGCAGGAGGAAUAAGCCAAGUGUUGAAUAUGUGAAUAUUAUUAUUGUGCUUUUACAGGGGCUUUGGCCUGAAUUCACGGUUAU